AUGCUUGCACGAAAUCAGAUCCUCGCCAAUUCCACAAGGCGACAGCUCCUCUCAGCAGCUGGCAAGUCUAGAAAUGUUCCGCCCAGCAGCCUCCGGGCCAGUCGCUUCGCCGCCUUGAACACAGCCGUCCCCAGCUUCGCAGCGCCCGUAGCGCACACCUUCCAGUACUUGCCCAUCGGAGCCACCCGUUCCUAUGCCAAUGGCCGUCCACAUCCGCCCGGCGGCACCCACCGCAUGGACAUGGGCGGCGGUGAGGCGGAGAAGCCGGCGCUGGAGCAGUUCGGUAUUGACCUGACGGCCCGGGCGCGCGACGGCAAGCUGGACCCCGUCAUUGGCCGCGACGAAGAGAUCCAGCGGACUAUCCAGGUGCUCUCGCGGCGCACAAAGAACAACCCCGUCCUGAUCGGCAAGGCGGGCACCGGAAAGACGGCGAUUCUCGAGGGCCUCGCCCUGCGCAUCGUGCGCGGCGACGUGCCCGAGAGCAUCAAGAAGAAGCGCGUCGUCAGCCUCGACCUGGGCUCGCUCAUUGCGGGCGCCAAGUUCCGCGGCGACUUUGAGGAGCGCCUCAAAAAGGUCCUGACCGAAGUCGAGCAGGCCAAUGGCGAGGUCAUCUUGUUCAUUGACGAGCUGCACACGCUUCUGGGUCUCGGCAAGGCCGAGGGCUCCAUCGACGCCUCCAACUUGCUCAAGCCGGCACUGUCCCGCGGCGAACUGCAAUGUUGCGGCGCCACGACGCUCAACGAGUACCGCUUGAUCGAGAAGGACGUUGCGCUGGCCCGCCGCUUCCAGCCGAUCCUGGUCAACGAGCCGACCGUCGAGGACACCAUCAGCAUCCUGCGCGGCAUCAAGGAGAAGUACGAGGUGCACCAUGGCGUGCGCAUCACCGACGGCGCGCUGGUGGCCGCUGCGACCCUGUCGAACCGCUACAUCACCGACCGCUUCCUGCCCGACAAGGCCAUUGACCUGAUGGACGAGGCCGCCAGCUCGCUGCGCCUCCAGCAGGAGAGCAAGCCCGAGGACAUUAUGCGCCUCGACCAGAAGAUCAUGACGAUCCAGAUCGAGCUCGAGAGCCUGCGCAAGGAGACGGACAUUGCCAGCCGCGAGCGGCGCGAGAAGCUCGAGAUGGACCUCAAGGCCUACCAAGACGAGGCGGCGUCCCUGACCACGCGCUGGGAGAAGGAGCGUGAGGAGAUUGACAGCAUCAAGCAGGCCCAGGGCGACCUCGACCGCGCCCGCAUGGACCUCGAGCGUGCCCAGCGCGAAGGGAACUUUGGCCGCGCCUCGGAGCUCCGCUUCGGCAUCAUCCCCUCGCUGGAGCAGAAGGUCAACAGCGACAAGCAGGGCAAGUCCAGGGCGGCGUCUUCGCCUGCUGCGUCCGACAGCGAUGCGGCCCCUGUCGAGACCUCCGGCACCGACGCCGCCUCGGACAGCACCCUCAUCCACGACUCCGUCACCGCCGACGACAUUGCUACCGUCGUCUCUCGCAUCACCAGCAUCCCUGUGGCCAAGCUCACCUCAGGCCACAUCGAGAAGCUCGUGCACAUGGAAGAGACGCUGCGGCAGUCCGUGCGCGGCCAGGACGAGGCUCUCAAGGCCGUCGCGGAUGCCGUUCGUCUGCAGCGUGCUGGCCUCUCGGGCGACAACCGGCCGCUGGCAUCCUUCUUCUUCCUGGGCCCCACGGGUGUCGGCAAGACGGAGCUCUGCAAGAAGCUGGCCGGCUUCCUGUUCUCCACCGAGUCGGCCGUGGUCCGCUUCGACAUGAGCGAGUUCCAGGAGAAGCACACCAUCUCGCGCCUCAUUGGCGCGCCCUCAGGCUACGUCGGCUACGAUGACGCCGGCCAGCUGACCGAGGCCGUGCGCCGCAAGCCGUAUGCCGUCCUGCUCCUCGACGAAUUCGAAAAGGCGCACCGCGACAUCUCGGCACUCCUCCUGCAGGUCCUCGACGAAGGCUACCUGACCGACGCCCAGGGCCACCGCGUCGACUUCCGCAACACCAUUAUCGUCCUGACGUCCAACCUCGGCGCCGACAUUCUCGUGGGCAACGACCCUCUGCACCCCUACAAGGAGACCGACGACGGCAGUGUCGACCCCGCCGUCCGGGAAGCCGUCAUGGACGUCGUCUCGGCAAGCUACCCGCCCGAGUUCCUGAACCGCAUCGACUCGUUCAUCGUCUUUAAGCGCCUGGCCCGCGCCGCCCUGCGCGACAUUGUCGACAUUCGGCUGCGCGAGCUGCAGGGCCGCCUGACCGAGCGCCGCAUCACGCUCGAUGUGACGCUGCCCGCUCGCGACUGGCUCGCCGACCGUGGCUACGACCCCAAGUUUGGCGCGCGGCCCCUCAACCGUCUGAUCACCACAGAAAUUAGCAACAACCUGGCCGACAAGAUCAUCCGUGGCGGCGUGCGGACGGGUGACGUGGCCACGAUCACGGUCAAGGAAGACGGCUCGGGCCUGGAAGUGGCGACGGCAGCGCCAAGCACGGUCACGCCUGCACCCGCCGACGACGCCGCAGCUACUGAGUCGUCAUAA